AUUUGUGCUAUGAAUAUUUGUGCUUAUUUCGGUGAAAAAAGUAGUGAAAAACGAUAAAUUCCUUGUGCCCGUGGCACAGCACACACUUUGUGGUGUUUUAAGCGUGGAAAUUCACCGUCUCCAUCAUGUCCGACAGCGGCAGCGGCUCGGACGCGGACAGUGUGGCGUCGAAUAGGUCUCGCAAAAGCGGAGGCUCAAAUCGUUCCGUGUCUCGCUCGGUUUCACGUUCACCACAGCGUUCCCGGUCGCCAUCACAGUCGUCGCAAUCGGAAAAUGAGCGGCCAAGGAAAAAGCAACGCAAAGAUCGCCGCCGCUUGGACGACGAUGAUGACGACGACGAGGAGGAAGAGGUUGAGGACGAGCAGGAACCGGAGGGAGAGGAUCUGGACUCGGAGGAGUACGACGAGGAGGAGGAAGACGACGACGACAAUCGGCGGGGGGGUCGCAAGAAGAAAAAGAAGCAGGAACGCUUCGGUGGAUUCAUUAUCGACGAGGCCGAGGUGGACGAUGAGGUUGACGAAGACGAAGAGUGGGAGGACGGUGCGCAGGAAAUGGGCAUCGUGGGCAACGAGAUCGAGGAGGUUGGACAGACGGCGCGCGAGAUCGAGAAUCGUCGACGUGGCACGAAUCUGUGGGAUUCACACAAGGAGGACGAGCUAGCGGAGUAUCUGAAGCGCAAGUAUGCGGACGCGUCGGUGGCGCGGCGGCAGUUUGGCGACGGGGGUGAAGAGAUGUCCGAUGAGAUCACGCAGCAGACGCUGCUGCCCGGCAUCAAAGAUCCUAAUCUGUGGAUGGUGAAGUGUCGCAUUGGCGAGGAAAAAGCGACGGCGCUGCUGUUGAUGCGCAAAUUCCUCACCUAUCAGAACACGGAUCAACCGAUGCAGAUCAAGUCCGUGGUGGCACCGGAAAGCGUCAAGGGGUACAUCUACAUCGAGGCGUACAAGCAAGCGCACGUCAAGGCGGCCAUCAACAAUGUGGGCAAUCUGCGCGUCGGCAUCUGGAAGCAGGAGAUGGUCCCAAUCAAGGAGAUGACGGACAUCCUGAAGGUGGUCAAGGAGCAAACUGGGUUGAAGCCGAAACAAUGGGUACGGCUGAAGCGUGGCAUCUACAAAGACGACAUCGCGCAGGUGGAUUAUGUGGAUCUGGCCCAAAAUCAGGUCCAUCUGAAGCUGCUUCCGCGUAUCGAUUACACCCGGCUCCGUGGUGCCCUCCGUACGACGCAGUCCGAGAGCAGCGAGGCAAAGCGCAAGAAACGUCGCCCGGUCGCUAAGUCAUUCGAUCCGGAAGCGAUCCGUGCGAUCGGCGGAGAAGUCACCUCCGAUGGUGAUUUCUUAAUCUUCGAAGGCAACCGGUACUCGCGCAAGGGUUUCCUCUACAAAGCAUUCACAAUGUCGGCCGUGCUGGCGGAGGGUGUCAAGCCGACGCUCGCCGAACUGGAGCGGUUCGAGGAGCAACCGGAAGAGAUCAACAUCGAGCUGGCCGUUUCGUCCAAGGAGGACCCCGUCACGGCGCACUCGUUCUCGAUGGGUGACAACGUGGAGGUUUGCGUGGGCGAUCUGAUGAACCUGCAGGCGAAGAUCAUCGCGAUCGACGGUUCGCUCAUCACGGUGAUGCCGAAGCACGAGGAACUGCGCGAUCCGCUCAUCUUCAAGGCGUGCGAACUGCGCAAGUACUUCAAGACGGGUGACCACGUAAAGGUGCUCGCCGGUCGGUACGAGGGCGAGACGGGUUUGAUCGUGCGCGUGGAACCAUCUCGCGUUGUUCUCGUGUCCGAUUUGACCAUGCACGAGCUGGAAGUGUUGCCACGGGAUCUACAACUCUGCACGGACAUGGCGACCGGUGUUGAUUCGCUCGGUAUCUACCAGUGGGGCGAUCUGGUCCAGCUGGACGCGCAAACGGUCGGCGUGAUCGUGCGCCUGGAGCGCGAAAACUUCCACGUACUGGGAAUGCACGGUAAGGUGAUCGAGUGCAAGCCGACGGCGUUGCAGAAACGCCGUGAAAACCGCAACACAAUCGCACUGGACUGGGACCAGAAUCAGAUUCGUCGCAAAGACAUCGUGAAGGUGAUGGAAGGCCCGCAUACCGGACGCGAUGGAGAAAUCAAACAUCUCUACCGGAACCUCGCGUUCUUACAUUCGCGAAUGUACACCGAAAACGGAGGUAUCUUCGUAGUAAAAACACGCCAUUUGCAGCUGGCAGGUGGAAACAAGAAUCCGAUGCAAAACAGUAACCCGAUGAUGUCGCCCUUCGGAGGCAUUAUGUCACCGCGCAUCCAUUCGCCAAUGCAUCCAUCCGGAGGUCGUGGUGGUGGUGCUGGGGGCGGUGGUGGACCUCAGCGUGGUGGUCGCGGUGGAGGCCGUGGAGGUGCUCGUGUUUCGCGAGACCGUGAAAUCCUCGGACGAACGAUCCGCAUCACCGGAGGACCGUACAAAGGGGCGGUGGGUAUUGUCAAGGAUGCCACAGAGACGACGGCCCGUGUGGAGCUACAUUCGUCCUGUCAGACCAUCUCGGUCGAUCGUAACCACAUUGCGAUUGUCGACGGUGGAGCAACUCCUGCCGGAAGCAUUUCCUCGUACAUGCGCACACCGAGCCGCACGCCUGCGAGCAGCUACGGUGCCCAGACACCGGUCUAUUCCGGCUCGAAGACUCCGCUACACGGCUCGCAAACGCCUCAGUACGAUCCGGGCAGUCGCACUCCGUACGGUUCGAUGACACCGUCGCACGACGGCUCGAUGACACCACGCCACGGAGCGUGGGAUCCGACGGUUUCGAACACACCGGCCCGCUCGAACGACUUCGACUUCAUGGAGGAACCGUCCCCGUCGCCGGGCUACAAUCCCAGCACACCCGGCUACCAGAUCAACACACCGUACGCCCCGCACACGCCCGGCAACAUGUUCAACGCGGACAAUUACAGCCCGUACCAGGCGAGCCCGAAUCCGAGCCCCUCGCCGUACCAGGUCGGCGGCUACAUCGGCACUCCGUCGCCGAGCGCUUACUCGCCGGCUACACCGGGUGCGCCAGCCUCACCGUACAACCCGCAGACGCCCGGUGCCGGGCUUGAUCCGCAGCUGGGCGACUGGUUUACGACCGACAUCGAGGUGACGAUCAAGAGCCACGGCGAUUCCGACCUGACCGGCCAAACGGGCAUCAUUCGCACGGUGAACAACGGCGACUGUGUGGUGUUCCUGCCCGAGGAGGACCACUGCGUCACGGUGCCACUCUCCAGCCUGCUUCCGGUGCAGCCCGAACCGGGCGAAAAGUUUAAGGUCAUCGUCGGCGAGGACCGGGAAACAGUGGGCGAGUUCAUCAGCCAAUCCGGCAACAACGAGGCGGUCGUUACGAUGAACGGACAGUCCACACUCAUUCCGAUGAGCUACAUGGCACGCUACCGAGAGCCCACGAAGAACUAAUGGGUCACGGCCGGGAGAACAGCGAAACGAUUCUUCAACAAUAAAUAUAUAAAACACUAACAUAAAGAACAUAUGGACAAACCUAGCGGUGGCUGGAAAGUAUAGAUAUUUUCAUUUCGGAAACGAAAAUCCCGUUACGCAAGACACAAUUGACUUAUUACUUUUAUCUCAGCUAAAGAAUAAAUAAAUGUUAAGCAAAGAACUGUACGUUUAAUUUUGGGAUUUCACGUAAAGAAAAGUAAUUGCGAGAAUGAAUUAUUUUGAACCCCACGCGAGGAAACGUCUAAUUGUAAAAUUGUUCCCAGAGUUCCAAGUGUUUAAAAAGUGGAUU